AGGAAGUGAUGCUGGCGGAGGAGAAUAAGAAUUCAGGACCUUCUGCCCUCGAUGCUCUCAGGAGCCUCCCUGAUUGGAGUACAGGCGGAGUCUAUGUGCUGAAGAGAGCCACCACCAUCAAAAGGAGGGGGAUGGAUGGCGGGCAUCGAGGGCAAACGGGGGAGGAACAAUACGGAGACGUCUCCUCUUUGGGCGUCCCGAUCAACAGAGCGAGUAUCCGGAGCGCUAAACGAGGUCCGACUGCAUUUUUCCGGCGUAAAGAGCGUCUGCUGCGAAUCUCCAUCCGCCGCGUGGUGAAGACUCAAACCUUCUACUGGACGGUGCUGGGUCUCGUGGCUCUGAACACUAUCUGUGUCGCCAUCGUUCAUCACAACCAGCCGCUGUGGCUCUCCACCUUCCUCUACUAUGCAGAGUUCCUGUUCCUCGCUCUGUUCCUCACGGAGAUGUUUCUGAAGAUGUACAGCUUGGGUCCUCGUCUUUACUUCCACUCGUCCUUCAACCGCUUCGACUGCAGUGUGAUCGUGGGCAGUAUCUUCGAGGUGCUGUGGGGUUUCUUCAGACCCGGCACCUCGUUUGGGAUCAGCGUCCUGAGAGCUCUCCGUCUGCUGCGGAUCUUCAAAAUCACAAAGUACUGGGCGUCUCUGAGAAACCUGGUGGUCUCUCUGAUGGCCUCCAUGAAGUCCAUCAUCUCCCUCAUCUUCCUCCUCUUCCUCUUCAUCCUCGUCUUCGCCCUGCUUGGCAUGCAGCUCUUCGGCGGCAGGUUCAUCUUCGAGGACUACACCCCGACCAACUUUGACACGUUUCCUGCCGCCAUCAUGACCGUCUUUCAGAUCCUCACUGGAGAGGACUGGAACGAGGUGAUGUAUAACGGGAUUCGCUCUCAGGGAGGAGUGAAGUCCGGCAUGUGGUCCUCCAUCUACUUCAUCGUGCUCACACUGUUUGGAAACUACACUCUGCUGAAUGUGUUCUUGGCCAUCGCUGUGGAUAACCUCGCCAACGCACAAGAACUCACCAAGGAUGAAGAGGAGGCGGAGGCGGCGUUUAAUCAGAAACACGCUCUGCAGAAAGCGAAGGAAGUCGGGCCGCUGUCCUCCUUCAUGUCCUCAGAUGGUAGCAGGAGGAGGCGGCCCUACCUCUACAGGAAGCGAGCGAUCCACCGCAGCCGGCCCACCUACUCCUGCAGUCUGGAGGAGGGUCGUGGCCUCCCUCUCAACCCCUCUCACUGUUUCAUGUCCAGGAGGGAGAGGAGGAAGAGGAUGACCAUGUCGGUGUGGGAGCAGAGGACCAGCCAGCUGAGGAGACACAGACAGAUGUCCAGUCGAGAGAUUCUGUUCAACAGCCAAAACGAGGAAAAGGACGGAAACCCAAACUCCAACGCUGCCCCUACUGGACAUCCACAGUCACUGCAUCGAAAAACCAUGGAGAACACACUUUCCGGGAGUUUAAAAAAAGACCCUUUAGCAUCGCCGUCCAAAAACCCUGCUUCAAACUCCUCUGUGUCUCUGGAUAUGCCUUUGGAUGCCACUCUUUCUGGUGAAGAUCCUACAAAUAAUCCCCCUUCUGAAGCACCUAUUGCUAAACCUGAAUCUGAAGCUGAAUCUGUAACUGAGAGCGAAAAACUCACCGUUGAUCCGACUCACAGCGAGCGCCGGAGUCCCAGAUUAAACGGCGAGCGACAACACAGAGCGGUGAAGAAGUUCAGACCUCCUGAAAACCUGGAUUUGUUGACCCCCGAAAUGGGAGGUCACGGAGGAGUCAGGGGUCGCAGGGGGAGGCAUCACGGAGAGAAUAAGAGUCAGGCAUCAUCACCCGGGAGUCGAUCGGCCAGCAGAGAGAGGAGGAAACAUCCGGAGCGAGUGGAGGAGAAGGAGGUGGAGACCAAAAUGGAGGAAAAAGAAGAGUGCAAACCUGAGGAGAGCAGGUGAGAGGAUAGAAUAGAAUAGAAUAUAUCUUUAUUUCUGGGAGAAGGAGGACACACUGACCCACAGGAGAGUCAGAUCCACAUCGGAGACACGGAGGAAACUCCUCAGAAAUCAGAUCCAGAUCCUCCCGUCGUCCCAGAGAAAAACGAAGAAGAGACGGAGAAGGAGAAUUGUCCGCUCAGCACCAGUGUGAUCAUCGAGGUUCCCAACGCUCAGUCCUGUCUGGAGCUAUCCACCAUCACAGUGAAGAGUAAGGACCCUGACUGUAAAUCAGAGAAGGAGGAGGAAGAGGAGUCGAAGCCGGUUGUGACUCCAGACAGCAUGUUCAUCUUCAAACCUGACAACCCGGUGCGUCGGGUCUGUCACUACGUGGUGAAUCUGCGUUACUUUGAGACGUGCAUCCUGCUGGUGAUAGCAGCUAGCAGCAUAGCAUUAGCUGCUGAAGACCCUGUAGCCACCUCCUCCAACUGGAACAAGGUUCUGCGGUAUUUUGAUUACGUGUUCACGGGAGUCUUCACGUUUGAGAUGAUUAUAAAGAUGAUCGACCAGGGUCUUCUCCUCCACGACGGCUCGUACUUCAGAGACUUGUGGAACGUUCUGGACUUCAUCGUGGUGGUGGGAGCGCUGGUGGCCUUCGCCCUCUCCAAUGUGAUGGGAAAUAACAAAGGACGGGACAUAAAGACCAUCAAAUCUCUGAGAGUUCUGCGAGUCCUCCGACCGCUGAAGACAAUCAAGAGACUUCCCAAACUCAAGGCGGUGUUCGACUGCGUCGUGACAUCUCUGAAGAACGUCUUCAACAUCCUCAUCGUUUACAAACUGUUUAUGUUUAUCUUCGCUGUCAUCGCCGUGCAGCUUUUCAAGGGGAAGUUCUUCUUCUGCAGCGACAGCUCCAAGGACACGGAGAAGGACUGCCAGGGUUACUACAUAGACUAUGCGAAGGAUAAGAAGGAGGUGAAGAGGAGGGAGUGGAGACGUCAUGAGUUCCAUUAUGAUAAUGUGAUCUGGGCUCUCCUGACUCUCUUCACUGUGUCCACGGGGGAAGGCUGGCCGCAGGUCCUCCAGCACUCAGUGGACGUGACGGAGGAGGACAGAGGUCCGAGCCACGGCAACAGGAUGGAGAUGUCCAUUUUCUACGUCAUCUACUUUGUCGUCUUCCCUUUCUUCUUCGUCAACAUCUUCGUGGCACUCAUCAUCAUCACUUUCCAGGAGCAGGGGGAUAAGAUGAUGGAGGAGUGCAGCCUGGAGAAGAACGAGAGGGCGUGUAUAGACUUUGCCCUCGGUGCGAAGCCUCUGACCCGCUACAUGCCUCAGAACCGACACACCUUCCAGUACCGCCUCUGGCACUUCGUGGUGUCGCCCUCCUUCGAGUACACCGUGCUGGCCAUGAUCGCUCUGAACACCAUCGUACUGAUGAUGAAG